UAUAAAUAACUUCCUAAAUAUAUAUCUAAGCUCACUUUCCUUAGCUAAUUACUAACCAAUUUAUUUUUCCACUUGAUUAAUUCCAGAUCGAGGACGCCAUGUUGAUGUUCGAUAAGCAGACCAAUCGGCACAGAGGUUUUGGCUUCGUUACAUUUCAAAGCGAAGAUGUGGUAGACAAAGUUUGCGAAAUUCAUUUCCACGAGAUAAACAACAAAAUGGUCGAGUGCAAGAAGGCGCAGCCGAAGGAGGUAAUGCUGCCGGCCAACCUGGCCAAGACACGGGCUGCCGGGCGCUCCGCAUACGAUAACAUCAUGUGGGGACUGGGGACAUUGCCCGAAGGUUUUCCGGCAGCUGCUUAUGCAGCUUAUGCCGCCGGUCGCGGCUAUUCGGGCUAUCCCAGCUUUGGACUGCCCUAUCCAACUGUUGAUCUAAGCAACGGGCAGCUGACACCCAACAACAAUACCCCGCUGCUGACCCAGGCGCUGUCAGUGAUGAACAACUAUCAGGCGGCUGCUGCGGCUGCCCACAGCUUUGGUCCUUCGGCUUCCCCGCAUGCCGCCGCCGCCACCACGGCCACCCGGCAGGGAUUCCCCUCGACCAAUUCGCCCGGCCCGACCAUCGACAUGUACAGCUCGGCGGCCGCCGAUAAUGUGGGCUAUGUGCAGGCCACCAGUCCGCAGCCAUCCGGCUUCCCCAUCGCCGUCAGCCGCGCCCCAUUGAACUACAGCCCGGGACCACUAAUUCCUGCGGCAUUUACAAAUGGAUACCAUUAAAAGGUGGCGCCGACAACCGCAAUGACAACAACAACAACAACAACAACAGCAGCAGCA